AUGCUCCGUCGCCAUGUGCCUGCCCGCUAUGACAUCGAGACGACCGUUGCAUGCACCUCGACGGCAUGCGUCCGUGUGGCCGCAUGCUCUCGCGUGCGAGUCGACCGCAUCCCUCGUACGUGCAGGCGGAGGAGGCACCGUCGAGAGAAUGGAAGAUCCGACUCGGAAUCGCGUUUUGCGAAGAUGCCAAGAUCGAGAUCGUUAUGCCGCCCAUUUUCCGCAGUCAAACAACGGGAAUGCGUCCGCACGUUUGCAUGCUGCAACUCGGUUGACAGCACAUGCCGUCGACUAGAUGAUGACCACACAUCUCCAGCGGUGGCGCCGGAUUUGAACCGUCAUAGCGUGAGCGGUGGCCGUCCCCAGCGAUAA